GGAGAAACCAGCUGCCUGCGGCCUGCCUGAGGCUGAUAGGAGUAGCUGUGGCCCCAGACAAGGCAUAGUUGACAGUUGACCCCCGCACAGUUCAUUGAAGUCAGUACUACUUCCGGACUCCACUGAACUGAGCGAGGCAGAGUGCUACUAAAACCAACAGCUUAAACUCUUCGCCGAGAUCACUAAUCACAAAUUCAGCACACCCACCUGGCCACCUGACCGAUUCUCCGCGACCACCAUGGCCACGCGUCCCCGCGAAGCCUUCCUCCUCGCCGUCGCCUUUUUCCUCCUCGCGCAGUUGGCCACCGCUCAGCCUCCAUGGCAGCUCUGCGGCGACAGCGGCAGCUACACGGCGAACAGCACAUACCAAUCCAACCUGGGGAAGCUCUCCGCCGCGCUCCCCAAGAACGCCUCCGCGUCCCGGGGGGCCCUUUUCUCCGCCGGCAGCGCCGGCUCCGUCCCGGACAUCGCCUACGCGCUCGCGCUCUGCCGCGGGGACGUCAACGCCUCCGCCUGCGAGCGCUGCGUCGCCACCGCCUUCCAGGACGCGCAGCAGCUCUGCGCCUACAAGAAGGACGCCGCCGUCUUCUACGACGCCUGCUACCUCCGCUUCUCCAACCAGGACUUCCUCGCCACCACCACCGACAACGGCAACCCCAUGAUCCUCCUGAACUCACAGAACGUGAGCUCGCCGGUGGCGGUGUUCGACGCCGCCGUCCGCGCUCUCCUCAACGCCACCAGCGACUACGCGGCCGCGAACAACAACUCCACCAGGCGGCGGUUCGCCACGGGGGAGGAGAGCUUCGACAGCGCGAACCUCACCAUCUACGGGCUCGCGCAGUGCACGCCGGACAUGUCGCCUGCCGACUGCCGGAGCUGCCUCGGGAGCAUAAUCGCCAUGGCGCCGCAGUAUCUCAGCGGGAGCCUGGGAGGGAGGGUUAUUGGGAUGCGCUGCAAUUUCAGGUACGAGGUGUAUUCUUUCUUCUCCGGUGGCCCCAUGCUGCGGCUGUCAGCACCCACCGCGCCGGCGCCGGCACCACCGCCUACGCCUUUCAAUGUGACGCCGACGGCAACCCCAGGAAGGAAAUCAGGAAAUAAGACGGUGGCUGUUCUAGCAAUUGCCCUGCCUAUAUUUGCUGCAGUUUCAGCUAUAACUACGAUUUGUCUCUGUUAUUUGAGGAGUAGAAGAAGACCAGCAAGCAGUGAGCCACCAUCUUAUUCAACUAACCAUGAGGACGUUGAAAGCAUUGAGUCACUUAUCAUUGAUCUAUCUACCUUACGUGCUGCGACGAACAACUUUGCUGAGACGAAUAAGCUUGGUGAAGGAGGAUUUGGUGCAGUUUAUAAGGGAGACCUUCCUGAUGGUCAAGAAAUAGCAGUAAAGAGGCUUUCCAGGAGUUCAGGACAAGGAAUAGGAGAGCUCAAGAAUGAGCUUGUUUUGGUCGCCAAGCUUCAACACAAGAACCUUGUCAGGCUUGUCGGCGUCUGCUUGCAAGAACAUGAGAAACUGCUUGUGUAUGAAUACAUGCCGAAUAGAAGUAUCGACACCAUCCUUUUUGAUCCAGAGAAAAGUAAGGAGCUAGACUGGGGAAAGAGAUUAAAGAUAAUAAGUGGAGUUGCCCGAGGAUUACAAUAUCUUCAUGAAGAUUCACAACUGAGAAUAAUUCACCGGGACCUCAAAGCAAGUAAUGUCCUAUUAGACUCUGAUUACACUCCUAAGAUAUCCGACUUCGGUUUGGCAAGGCUAUUCGGGGCAGAUCAAACACGGGAGGUCACAAACCGUGUCGUUGGAACAUAUGGAUAUAUGGCCCCUGAGUACGCGAUGCGCGGCCACUAUUCGGUAAAGUCAGACGUGUUUAGCUUUGGCAUUUUGAUCUUGGAAUUUAUGACAGGAAGAAGAAGCAGUGGCUCCUAUACCUUUGAUCAGUCUGUCGAUCUCUUAAGUCUUAUAUGGGAGCACUGGUCUACGGGAACGAUUGCGGAGAUCAUAGACUCAACUCUGAAAACUCAUGCUCCAGGAGACCAGAUGCUUAAGCUUUUUCACAUCGGACUUAUGUGUGUUCAAGAUAACCCAGCGGAUAGGCCUAUGAUGUCAACAAUAAACAUCAUGCUAAGCAGUAACACCGUGUCGCUCCAGUCUCCAUCCAAGCCAUCAUUUUUCAUCACCAAGAGCAGCACAAACUCAAUGGCGUACUCAGACUCGUACCCUACCGCUUCCCAGUCGACCGGUAAGUCAGGAAUAGUGUCACCAAAUGAAGUCUCAAUCACAGAGCUGGAACCAAGAUGAAAGAAGGAUCGCAGGGACCAUCAAAAUGUAAUCUCGGAAGGAAACAAGAACUUGAUUCAGGGAAAAAAACAUCCCUAGUACUUUGUGCUACUGAAAUUUGUGUAUAUUUCUCCAUUCGUCAAGUAAGCAGUUAACGGCAAUGCUUCAGAUUCUACGUUUGUACCUGUAAAGUCAGAAAUUUUCUGAUACGGGGAAGUUCAGAACA